UGUCAGUUUAUAACUACUUCCGGACAGCCACUGCUCCAUUCCUGUAACCGUAUACACCGGUAUAUAUGUAUGAUCUAAUUACAUAUUCACUCAGGCACACAGACACGGGUAGUCGGUGUAGCAUUCCAGUCGUAGACCAGGAUAACUCGCGUUUAGAGAAAGUGUGUGGAAUCCGUCAAAGGUUUAUUGAGAAAGAGAAUUACGUUUUAAAACGAUAUGGAUAAAGAAAAUGGUAACGAGCCGUCCCCCAGGAUAAGUUUCCUUCCUGACAGUGAUGCCUCGGACAUGGUCAGUACCGACAAACGGACGCCUACCAAGGAACAAUGGGGAAGCAAGCUGGACUUUCUGUUAUCGGUGCUGGGGUAUACUGUAGGGUUCGGUAACGUCUGGAGGUUCCCGUACGUGUGCAUGAAGAACGGCGGAGGUGCAUUCCUCAUCCCGUACCUCAUCACCAUCUUCCUGCUAGCAGUGCCCAUGUAUUUCCUAGAAGCAUCCCUUGGACAAUUCUCUGGAAAAACUAUGCAAAAUGUGUGGUGUUACUGUCCAUUGAUCAGAGGAGAGGGCCUUGGACUAUUGUUGAUGUUGAUGGCCUGUGUAUGGUACUAUGUGAUGCUGACAACGUGGGUCUUAUAUUACUUGUACCAGUCCUUCUUCUAUCCUCUACCUUGGAGCACGUGUGGUAACGAGUGGAAUACGCCAGACUGUUUCAGUUUCACAAACCCUGCCUUAUCCACGUCUAACGUUUCUCUAGGUAACACAACCAUGCUCGUCAAUACUUCGUCUAUUGUUACCACACACUCAACCAGCCAACUUUUGAACGCCUCGGUCUUCGUCAUCAAAACGGGUCAUAGCUCGGAGGAGGAAUUCUGGCAGUACAAAGUGUUGGACAUAUCCUCUGGUUUUGAUGACGUCGGCUCCAUCAAGGGUCACUUGGCCUUGUGUCUGUUAAUAGCCUGGAUCGUUGUCUACCUGUGUGUCAUAAAGGGUAUUAGGUCUACAGGCAAGGUUGUGUACGUGACAGCCACGCUUCCAUACAUUCUACUCACCGUCAUCCUUAUUCGCAGUCUUACACUUCCGGGCGCCAUUGAUGGAGUUAUCUUUUUCGUAAAACCCGACUUCCCGUCGCUUUUGAAUAUACAGGUAUGGCUGGAGGCGGCUAUCCAGGUCUUCUACUCGGUCGCCAUGGGCUGGGGAGUCCUCAUCACUCUGUCAAGUUUCAACAAAUUCAACAAUAACUGUUAUAGAGACGCGUUCCUGCUGACACUGGCGGGAGAAGGGACAAGUAUAUUUGCUGGAUUUGUCAUCUUCUCGGCUCUCGGAUUCAUGGCCCACAAGGCCAACGUCUCCAUAGUAGAAGUGGCCAAGUCUGGUCCUGGCCUAGGGUUCGUGGCAUAUCCCGAGGCUCUGUCACAGAUGCCAUUUCCAAACUUCUGGUCCGUCCUCUUCUUUCUUGCAAUGUUCACAGUGGGACUUGAUAGCCAGUUUGCAUUUACUGAAACUGUUUGUAUCGUCUUCGAGGACUCCUUCCCCUUAUUACGGAGAAGACGAGCUAUCUUCAGAGCGUGCCUUGCUGUAUGCGGAUUCCUUCUUGGUCUUGCCUUUUGUACAGGGGGAGGUAUAUACCUGUUCCAACUUAUCGACUGGUACUGUGCUGCUUUCUCGCCGAUUCUCUUUACACUGAUGGAGUGUAUCACGAUAAGUUGGGUAUACGGUGCUGAGAGGUUUUCCCGGGAUAUAGAAAUGAUGCUGGGCCGUCCUGUGCCUACAUACAUGAGGUUCUGUUGGUGCUUCCUGUCGCCUGUCUUGACAUUGGGUUUGCUGAUCACAAGCUUCCUCUCGUAUGUACCCCCUACCUACGGGGACUACGUGUACCCACCGUUCGCCUCAGUGUUGGGCUGGCUGUUUGCUGUGAUGCCUGUUGUCCCAGUGGUUGUUAUAGGAGUUAUCACAUUAUGGAGAUCCCCGGGGGAAACAUUUUAUCAGAAUUUGAAGAAGUCCUUGCAACCUUCGUCAGAGUGGGGUCCAGCGUCAGACCAGAAACCGUACAGCGCACUGGAACAGUGGCACCUGAAUGGUUCAUUUAAAGAUAAGCUGCUGAUAAACAUUGGAUACAGAAAGAAACGUUAGUAUCUUUCAAUAAAUCGAUACAGAAAGAAACAUGAUCAAUUUCAUCAUAAACAUUAUCUACGUGAGUGAAACUAGAUCAUAAACAUCAGCCACAGGACGGAAAACCGUCCUCAAUAGGUUGUUACAUACGUACAUAUACAAGUACAUCGUCUUCGUCAGUGUUUCCUUCGUGCAGUGUAGCAUGUCAAUACAAUAUAUGCUCCCCAGGGAGUUGAGAAAGAUAUUGGCUGGUUGCAAAGGCCCUAUAACCACGGAUAAUAAUUUGUGAACCGCUUUGAGACGACCUACGAACUAGGUUGUAAUAAAGCGGUAAAUAAGAGCCUCGAAUUAGUGUUAUCAUUAUUAUUACAAUGGAGAGUAAAUCAAAGUAUUUAUGAAAUAUGACUUGUAUCUUAUCCAUGAUUUAUUCAUGUAUUUGUGAUUGGAAAAAAAUGAAAACAUUUAAGUACUAAGAUAUACAAAAUAUAAAAAUGAAAUAAACAAAAUAUAAUCAGCGUUCUGAGUGUGAAAAAACUACCGAUUCGAACCCGAAACUUCAAAAUGCUAAAUUAUCGCUCUAACCGAUUGGGCAACAGGAGGCACGGUAGU